AUGGCCGCCGCAGCGACCCCACCCACCUUCAAGCUUGUGCUUGUCGGUGACGGUGGUACAGGGAAGACCACCUUCGUCAAACGACACUUGACAGGAGAGUUCGAGAAGAAGUACAUCGCAACCUUGGGUGUCGAAGUCCACCCUCUGGGUUUUACAACAAACCUCGGGCCUAUCCAAUUCGACGUCUGGGACACAGCAGGACAAGAGAAAUUCGGUGGUCUACGAGAUGGUUACUACAUCAACGGGCAGUGCGGGAUCAUCAUGUUUGACGUCACAUCGCGCAUCACCUACAAGAAUGUGCCCAACUGGCACCGCGAUCUAGUCCGCGUGUGCGAGAACAUCCCCAUCGUGCUCACGGGUAACAAGGUGGAUGUGAAGGAGCGCAAGGUCAAGGCCAAGACAAUCACCUUCCACCGCAAGAAGAAUCUGCAGUACUACGAUAUCUCCGCCAAGUCGAACUACAACUUUGAGAAACCGUUCUUGUGGCUGGCGAGGAAGCUUGUUGGGAACUCGGCUUUGGAAUUCGUCGCAAGUCCCGCCCUAGCGCCCCCUGAGAUGAAGGUCGAUCACGCCCUUCUCGAGCAGUAUAACAAGGAGAUGGAGGAUGCAGCCAACCAGCCACUGCCUGAUGAGGAGGAUCCAGAUCUAUAG